AUGGGUGUUGAUUACUAUAAAGUCCUUCAGGUAGAUCGUAAUGCCAAAGAGGAUGAUCUCAAGAAAGCUUAUCGCAAACUUGCUAUGAAAUGGCAUCCUGAUAAGAACCCUAACAACAAAAAAGAUGCUGAGGCCAAAUUCAAGCAAAUCUCAGAAGCUUAUGAUGUUUUGAGUGAUCCACAAAAGAGAGCUGUGUAUGAUCAGUAUGGUGAGGAGGGAUUGAAGGGGCAGAUGCCUCCUCCUGGUGCAGGUGGAUUUUCAGAAGCCAGUGAUGGUGGGCCGACGACGUUCCGGUUCAAUCCGAGAAGUCCUGAUGACAUAUUUUCAGAGUUUUUCGGGUUUGCAAAACCGUUUGGUGGAAUGGGUGAUAUGGGUGGUAUGGGUGGUCAUCCUGGUACUUCCGGCUUUCCGAGGGGGAUGUUUAGGGAUGACAUUUUCUCUUCUUUAAGGAAUGCAACAACUGGUGAAGGAUCUGGCAAUGUGCCGAGAAAAAGUGCACCAAUAGAGAGAACACUGCCUUGCGGUUUGGAGGAUUUGUAUAAAGGGACCACCAAGAAAAUGAAGAUUUCUAGGGAUGUUUCUGAUUCUAGUGGGAGGCCUACUACAGUAGAGGAAAUUCUAACCAUUGAGAUCAAGCCAGGUUGGAAGAAAGGAACAAAAAUAACAUUUCCCGAAAAGGGAAAUGAACAAAAAGGACUUAUUCCUGCAGACCUUGUUUUUAUCAUCGACGAGAAGCCUCAUGGCGUCUUCAAGAGGGACGGCAACGAUCUUGUUGUGACUCAGAAGAUCUCUCUUGUAGAAGCUCUGACAGGUUACACAGCGCAAAUAACAACCCUUGACGGAAGGAAUCUUACGGUCCCCGUCAACACGAUUAUCAGUCCAUCGUACGAAGAAGUUAUCAAAGGAGAGGGUAUGCCAAUUCCUAAAGAACCUUCCAAAAAGGGAAACUUGAGAAUCAAGUUCAACGUAAAGUUUCCGUCUAGACUUACAUCUGAACAGAAGACCGGCAUCAAGCGAUUAUUGACAUAA